AUGGCCAAGCUGGUAAGGACUUUGUCACAAAACCCAAAAUGUUACUUGCUUCAUCGAAUGACCUUUAUUCUUCUAAUAGCUCUCAUCAUGGCCUUCUUUGGCUAUUGUUACAUGAACCCAAGAAAACAGAGGGUGGAAAUCAUUCAGUCUGGGGCCAGCAUCGCUGUUAGAAAACUCCAUGACCUGCAAGGUGUAGAAUUACCAAGGAUGGUGUUAGCCCAGCCAGAUGUGCUAACACCCUCUAGGAAAGAUGUUCUUGUCAUGACUCCUUGGCUGGCUCCCAUCAUGUGGGACGGAACCUUCAACAUUGACAUCCUGAAUGAGCAGUUCCACCUCCAGAACACCACCAUUGGAUUGACUAUGUUUGCCAUAAAAUCAUACAUUGUCUUCCUGAAGCUGUUCCUGGAGACUGCGGAGAUGUACUUCAUGGUGGGACACAGGGUGAACUACUACAUAUUCACUGACAGGCCAGACUAUGUGCCUCAUCUCCACCUCCAAAAAGGAAGGCAAAUCAUCAUCCUCAAGGUCUGGAGCUAUGCUCGCUGGGAAGACAUCUCCAUGCACCGAAUGGAAAUGAUCAGCAAUUUCGCCAAGCAGCAAUUCCACCGGGAGGUAGAUUACCUUGUGUGUGCAGAUGUGGAUUUGAAGUUCAGUGACCAUGUGGGUGUGGAGAUCCUGUCCUCCUUGUUUGGCACCCUGCAUCUUAGCUUCUUUUUCCUCAGUCGGGAAAACUCCCUAGAACGCAGGCCUCAUUCACAAGCCCAUAUUCCUGAAGAUGAGGGAGACUUUUAUUACACAGGGGCCCUAUUUGGGGGGUCGGUGAUGGAGGUUUACAGACUCACCAAGACCUGCCACCAGGCAAUGAUGGUUGACCAAGCCAAUCAUAUCGAAGCUGUGUGGCACGAUGAGAGCCACCUGAACAAAUACCUGCUUCACCACAAACCCUCCAAGGUCCUCUCCCCUGAGUAUAUGUGGAGUGAGCAGUUAUGGACCUACAGCAUGAAAUACCAGGUAGGAGACUUGCCAAGCUCUAUAAAGAGGUUUAGAGUGAAUGUCUUGAAAAAGAAUCCAAGAGGGUCAAACUGA